AUGGACUUGUUAAAAAGACUGACUGGUCAUGAAAGGAUCAUUCAUUUAGAAGAUUCACAUCUUGAUCACGAUAAGAAGAGGUUGUAUCUUGUGAUGGAAUUAGGAGAGACUGAUUUGAAUCAAUUAUUAAAUCGACAAGCUGGUAAGCCGAUCAGCUUUAGGUUUAUUAAACACAUAUGGGAACAGAUGUUAGAAGCAGUACAUGCAGUACAUGAAGAAGGCAUCAUCCAUACCGAUCUUAAACCGGCCAACUUCGUACUUGUCCAAGGAGCAGUGAAGAUUAUCGAUUUCGGAAUCGCUAAAGCUAUUCCAGCUGAUACGACGAACAUCUCCAGAGAAAAUCAAAUCGGAACCGCUAAUUAUAUGUCACCAGAAGCGUUAUCGUUACAAGUGAUCUCAAGUGACGAUGGAUCAGAAGAGAAAAGAGUCAAGAUGGGACGUGCCACCGAUGUAUGGGCCUUAGGAUGUAUUCUAUAUCAAAUGGUAUAUGGACGUACACCAUUCUCAACACUUGAAACAUCAUUAAAGAUCUGUACGAUCAAAGAUCCUAAACAUUAUAUAGAUUAUCCCGAAAGUGUGACCCCAGUUUCGAUGAAGAUCAAUAAGAAUGGAGAACGAAUCAAAGAGAUUGAAGAAGGAUCUAAAGUGAUCGUAGAGAAAGAAGCCAUUGAGACUAUGAAGGCUUGUUUGAGAUUUAAGAAAGAUGAUCGAGCUUCGAUUCCUCAAUUAUUGAAUGAUCGAUUCUUGGUGGGAAAAGAUGGGAUUUGGUUUAAUCCAGAAGGUAAAGAAGAAACUAUUUCAAUGAAUGAAAAGAUGUUUCAUAGUUUGAUUAACAAGGCUUGGGAAUGGAAAUCAACUAAAGGAAUCAAUGCAACAGAUGCACAGAAAAAGCGAUUUAUCAAUGGUUUGAAAGAAUCAGUAAUGAAUGCUCAAUAAUUAUUUCUCCUUGAGUUUUUUUGGGCGGUUUAUCUUUAAUCUUGAUUGUAUUAUCAACUAUUUUCUUUCCCUUAUCUUUGCCUCGCUGCCUCUCUCUCUCUUUGUUGUUUCCAAAAAAAAUGCAUAGUAUUUUUUAUUUUUUUUGUCUUUUUUUCAUGAUUCUUUAUUUUUGAUUCUUUUUUGGGUUUUAUAUUUAAUUUGAUUUUUUCAUUCUUUUUGAUGUUUUCUUGCAUUACUCUUUUUUGAUUUUGAUUUUCUUUAUUAAACACUUAUGUAUGUUUUGAUAUAUUCUUGAAUUUGAUUGGAAGCAAAAGAAAGAUUUCUUUAGU